CACACAGCUUUAAUCCCUCCUCCGUCGGAUGAUAACGUUGCUUCAAAUUUCUGAUUGCAAAAAAAUAUUAAUCCAUUUCCGACGUCCGUCCGAACGUUCCGCUCUUCGGCUACUUCGGCCCGCGACCCGCUACAGUCUUCCAUACGCAUUCACCGCGUCAGCAGCUAUUGUCUGAUCUCCCGAGACUCGCUAAUUUGUGAGAUUCCCACUGCCCGAGAGCGAUAUAAUUUCAAUACACGAAAAUGGUGGUGAAGGUGUACAUUUCCGGCAUAUCGGGUAACAAGGAGGUGAAGAAACGCCAACAGAGAGUUACCAUGAUAUUGGACAGCAAGAGUAUAACCUACGAUCUAGUGGACAUCACAGAGCCAGGCAAAGAGGAUGAAAAGACGUAUAUGCAAACUAACAGCAAGUCUAAGGAUGGGUCAAAAAAUGCAUUGCCACCUCAGAUUUUUAACGACGACGUAUAUUGUGGGGACUAUGAUGAUUUUGAUACCGCAAAUGAAAUGGAUGAAUUAGAUAAAUUUUUUGAUAUUUCUACCAAAAGUCCACCUAAAGAAUUGAAUGGCUCAAUUAGUGUAGAAGAAACUAAAGUUGAAAUCACAAAUGGAGAUAAUGAUAAAAAUAAUGGAAUUGUAAUAGAAAAAAAUAAUGAAGAACAACAUAAGCCUUUGACUUCUGAUGAGGAAGAUAGUGAUAGUGAAUCGCUUGACACAAAGAACAAAUUAAAGGAUAUAACAGAAAGUCCAAAUUCCAUCCCACUUCCUGAUGACAUAAAUGUAUUAUUGGAUAUCCCAGAAACAAAACAAGAAUUGCUUUCAGAAACCGAAGAGGAAAUCGAAGAGUGAGAUGUUUAACCUACUCAAAAUUAUUAUUAAAGAGAAAAAUGUACAAAAUUACUUUAAUUUUUGAUGCUCUAUCUCUAUUAUCUAACAAGUUUUGGUUUUAUUUAUUUUUCCUUAACAAAAGUUACUAUGUUUUUUUAGUUUAAAAUCUCAAGUAUAAUAUUAAUUAAUUAAUAUUUUUUUUCUUUUCAAUCUUCAGUUAUAACAAGCUUAUAGUUGUGUCUCAUAUAUUUCUUUAUGACUGAGAUUUAUUUAGAUGUAUGUAUAGAUUUGCUGUAAGAAUAGAACAAUUUUAAAAUUUUAAUUGAUAGCCU